GUAGGAAUAGCCUGAGCACGCUGGCGUAGAAGACGUGCACUCCUGAUUCCUCACCGCGCUUGCACUUGUUUUCUUCCACGCACCGCAAAAAUGCUCCUCUCCUCCUCCCGACCUGUUCUGGGUCUACGGAAAUGCUCUGCAGCCAUCUCGUCGGUGCGGCCAGUACUUCCGGUGGGCCGGAGGGCGCUGCGUCUGGUUGCGCAGGCCACGCAAGAGGGGCCCGCUCCUGAGCAGCCGCAAGGAAUUCCCAUCAUCCGUGAGGAAGUGCCUGGCGCGCAAUCCAUCAUGCGUGCCGCGCGCGAGGGCAGGCUGGAUGACGACGAGGAGCCCAACCUGUCGCCCAGCAGCCUGGCCAUGGUUCGAGAGGAGGAUGAGCUGUCAGAUGGCUCCAAAACCGCUGUGGAGAAGUUCCUUUACCCCGACCCCGAGGAGAUGCCUCAGGAUAUGACCAUGCCGAUCUGGGAUCACCUGGAGGAGUUUCGCGAGCGCGUGUUUGUGGCCGGCAUCGCGGCGGCCUUGGCCAUCGUGUUUUGCUUUGUGUUCAGCAAGGAGCUAAUCGUGUUCUUGGAGGCGCCGGUGGCGGACGCGGGUGUGCGCUUCCUGCAGCUCUCACCCGGAGAGUUCUUCUUCACCACCUUCAAGGCCUCGGGCUACGCGGGCCUGCUGCUGGCCGCGCCCACUGUGCUGUACGAGAUCACCGCCUACGUGGUGCCCGGCCUCACCAAGAGCGAGCGGGCCUUCCUGGCGCCCGUGGUGUUCGGCAGCAGCACGCUGCUGCUGUUCAGCUAUGAGGUGCUGACGCCGGCCGCACUCAACUUCUUUGUGAGCUACGCGGACGGCGCGGUGGAGAGCCUGUGGAGCAUCGACCAGUACUUUGAGUUCGUGCUGGUGCUCAUGCUGUCCACCGGCCUGUCGUUCCAGGUGCCUGUGCUGCAGGUGAUGCUGGGCCAGCUGGGCAUCGUGACCAGCGAGCAGAUGUUCUCCAUCUGGCGCUACGUGGUGGUGGGCUCCACGGUGGCGGCGGCGGUGCUCACGCCCUCCACAGACCCCUUCACGCAGGCGCUGCUGGCCAUCCCGCUGGUGGGGCUGUACAUGGGCGGCGCCUCCGUGGUGCGGCUCAUCGAGCAGGGCCGCGGCCAGACAGUCGCCAACUCGGCGUAAUGCUGAGAGGUGCGGCGUGUGUGUUGGAAACGUGUGUAAAUGUUGUGUGAGAGCGGCUGUUGGUGUCCGGUGUGUGAUGUGUGGCUGGUCAAGCGUGGAUGUCCUUGGUGUGGCGUAAGUGUGAGAUGUGGGGGGGGGCGAGUGCAGUGGCAUUGCGGUUGGCGCAGUGUGGUGCGGGAGCGCUGGUGGGCCCAUGAUGGGGGUCCGAGUGUUGAGGCUGUGUGUUUGGAUGGUUUCAGGACGCGGCGCAUAGGCAGUAGCCGGUGUUUUGAUGGAGCAGGGCUGAGAUAGAGGUUACGGUUGGUGCAGGGGGUACAGCUUUGUGGUUUGCGUUUGCAUGUGAAGCGGGCAAAUGUAGGGGUGCGGCCUGGGGCUAGGUGGUCCAGACAAGAGUACGUCUGAGUGCAGAGGCCUUGCCAUUUGCGGCAGGCGGCUGUCAAUGGCUCGUGGCAUUCUGCUCGUGUUGUCAGCAUAUGCUAUACUGAAUAAUAUGGCGCGAGCAUGCUGAUUUGUUAAUGUUUCGUAUUG